AUGCCGCCGCCGCCGCCGCACCCAAACGGGGGCAAAGUGACGCCGAACCUGGCCAUGGACGCCGAGGGCACGCGCCUGCUUAACCUCACCGUCCUGCAGCGCCUCGACCCCGCCGUCGAAGACAUCCUCAUCACCGCCGCGCACGUCACGCUCUACGACUUCAACAUCGACCUCAACCAGUGGAGCCGGAAGGACGUGGAGGGAUCGCUCUUCGUGGUGAAGAGGAUUGUGUGUAGGAACUCACAGCCGAGGUUCCAGUUCAUCGUCAUGAACAGGCGCAAUACGAAUAAUCUCGUGGAGGAUUUGUUGAGUGAUUUUGAAUACGAACUCCAGCCUCCAUAUUUGUUGUAUCGGAAUGCCACACAGGAAGUAAAUGGCAUUUGGUUUUAUAACCAACAGGAGUGCGAAGCUGUUGCUAGUCUGUUUGGAAGGAUACUGAAUGCUUAUGCGAAAGUGCCCCCAAAGCCGAAAGUGCCAUCCAUAAAAAGUGAGUUUGAGGAAUUAGAGGCUGUUCCUACAUCCUCUGCCAUAGAUGGUCCCCUUGAACCUCCUCCAUCAUCUACCGCUGUAGUUUCUGAUGCCCCUGAUGAAUCGUUUGCCAGUUAUUUCAGUGUUGUUGCAAACGCUGGGAAUGUACCAACUGCACCAAUGACCGGAAGAGCUCACCCACCCGCUGAGUCCGUUGCAUCCUCCCACGUACCAAUGAUCAUUUCAUCUUCUGCUCUAACACAUCAAAUGAGUGCUUCAUCAGCUCCACCACUGCCCCUCCACACUAAUGCACAUGCUGGCCGCUCGACAGACCUUGUAACUCCGGCGUUCUUUGUGCCUCCGUCAUCCUCUUCCACAUCUUUGGUGCAACCGGCUUCAUCCUUGAUGCCUACAGCGCCACCUCUUCAUCCAACUUCCACAUCAAGCCAACGUCCACCAUAUGGUACCCCACUUCUUCAACCCUUUCCACCACCAACUCCUCCUGCAUCCCUUACUCCUGCACACAAUGAUGGACCUAUUAUUUCGAGGGAUAAAGUUAAGGUUGCCCUCCAGAGACUUGUUCAGAGUGACGAGUUCAUCGAUUUAAUCUACCGGGAGUUGCUGAAUGCUAGCUAG